AUGUGGCUGUGGGCCCUGCUGCCUGCCGUCCUGGGCCCUCGCCCCAGCGUCACCCUCUCUGGGCCAUUCAGCUGGCGCCUGCCAGGCUCGAGCUCCCGUUUCGACCGACCGGGGGACGUGGUGGUGGGGGGCAGCUUCUCCAUCUUGUGUUUCGAUGAGGUCACCCUGUUCAAUUUCACUGCUCCUCCCGUGGGACGGGCCUCCUCAGACCUGUCCCUGUGGAGCUACCUGGUGGCCCAGAGCUUUGUGUUUGCCGUGGAGGAGAUCAACAGGAGCGUCCACCUGCUGCCCAACCUGACCCUGGGCUUCUCCAUCCGCAACUCUGGGUGCUCAGUGCACGGAGCCGUGUUUGAGAUGAUGAGCUUUCUCACGGGGCAGGAGGAGCCCAUCCCCAACUACGCCUGCGGACCCCGCCUGCCCAGGGUGGCCGUGGUCGGGGACACGCGGUCAGCCCUGUCCAUGGCCAUGGCCAGGCUUCUGGGGCUCUACAAGUUUCCCCAGAUCAGUCACUCAUCCACGCUGCCCAUCCUCAGUGACAAGGCCCAGUUCCCGUCCUUCCUUCGGACGCUGGCCAGUGACCUCACAUCGUGUUAUGCGGUGACCCAGCUGGUGGUCCGGUUGGGAUGGACCUGGGUGGACAUUCUGGCCCAGGAUGAUGACUAUGGGCAGCAGGCCAGCUCACUGGCUGCCCGGGAGCUGAGCCAGGCUGGCAUCUGCAUUGAGGCCCAUCUCUACGUGCCUGCCCAGCAGUCCCUGGAGGACACAGACGCCAUUGUCCAGAGGAUGCAGGUCUGCACUGCCACGGUGGUUCUGGUCUUCCUCAACAACUUGAGCUUCCUGCUCAUCCUGCAGGGCUUGCUGGGCCUGCGGGUCUCGGGCCAGGUCUGGGUCAGCAAGGACAGUGUGCACAUGGCCAUAGCCCUGAGCAUGCCAGGCGCCUCUGAGGUCCUGCAGGGAGCCUUUGGCCUUAUGAGUCAUAGUAGCCAUGUGCCUGGCUUCCCUGAGUUCUUGGCUCACCUGCACCCGAGUCGGACCCCAGAGGACAUGUUCAUAGAGAGGUUCUGGGAGGUCAACUUUGGGUGUACGUGGCCUCCCAAGAAUGGCUCAGUGGCAAGUGGUGUCCAGCUCUGCUCAGGGAAUGAACGUCUGCAAAGCACCGAGGACCCUUUCUGGGAGAUUCAAAAAAUGGACAUCGCAUACACCCCCGUGUACAGCAUCGCCCAUGCCCUCCAGGACCUGCUGGGCUGUGAGCACUGGGCUGGGGCCCGUGCAGACCCUGGGCACGUCCUGUCCUGGCAGCUGCUCCAGCCCCUCAGGAAGGUGCGCUUCAAGACCCCGGACGACACAGAGGUCACGUUUGAUGCCAACGGGGAUUUGGUGUCCAAAUUUGACAUUGUGCGAGGGCAGAAGACCCCCGAGGGCUCAUUCCACUUGGUCCACGUAGGCCAGAUCGACCCUCGAGGCUCCUCGGGGAGCAGCAUGACCGUCCACCUGCAGGAGAACCUCCAGGUGCCCAGCUCCGUGUGCAGCAGGAGUUGCGUUCCAGGGUUCAGCCAGACCCCCCGACAGGGAGCCCCCCACUGCUGUUUCGAGUGCAGCCCCUGCCCCGAGGGACACUUUGCAGAGCACACAGACGUGCCGCGCUGCCUUCCCUGCCCCGAGGAGCAGUACCCGAGCCCGGCCAGAGACCGCUGCCUGCCCAGGACAGAGGCCUUCCUGGCCUUUGAGGAGCCCCUGGGACUGGCGCUGGCCGCUGCGGCGGUCUGCCUGGCCGGCCUGGCGCUGCUGGUCCUCGGGCUGUUCCUGCGGCACCGGGACUCGCCCGUGGUCAGGGCCAACAACAGGGCCCUGAGCCACACGCUGCUGGCCUCCCUGGCACUGUGCGCCCUGUGUCCCCUGCUCUUCCUGGGCCGCCCCACCGCCGUCGCCUGCCUCCUGCGCCAGACCACCUUCGCCGUGCUGUUCACCGUGGCCGUCUCCUGCGUCCUGGCCAAGACGCUGACCGUGGCCCUGGCCUUCAGGGUCACCAGGCCCGGGUCCAGGGCGCGGGCGUGCCUGGGCCCCCGUGCCUCCUCCUCGCUGGUCCUCGUGGCCUCCCUGACGCAGGUGGCUCUGUGCGGGCUGUGGCUGGGCACCUCCCCGCCGUUCCCAGACAGGGACGUGCGCUCGGAGCCCAGGCUGGUGGUCCUGCGCUGCCAGGAGGGCUCCGGCCUGGCCUUCUCCUGCGUGCUGGGCUACCUGGGCCUCCUGGCGGGGGCCACCUUCUCUGUGGCCUUCCUGGCCAGGGGCCUGCCUGCUGCCUUCAACGAGACCAGGCUCCUGACCUUCGGCAUGCUGCUCUUCUGCAGCGUCUGGCUGGCCUUCCUGCCCCUGUACCACAGUGCCCGGGGCAAGUCCACCGUGGCCGUGGAGGUCUUCUCCAUCCUGGCCUCCACGGCGGGACUCCUGGGGGGCAUCUUCCUCCCCAAGUGCUACAUCAUCCUGCUGAGGCCUGAGCAGAGCACCCCGGCCUGGCUGAGGCCCGGAUGGGGACGCAGCGGGACAGGCAGGGCCCCGGGGCCCCGCAGGAGGGCUUCCCGCAGACCAGCACCUGGACGCCCAGGGCAGAGGACACCGGGGCCGGGCGUACCGGGCUCAGCACUUCUGUGA